AUGUGGCGCGGUUUAACGUAUAUUGAACGUGUUACCGAUGGUACGCAAUUUCCUUUACGACCUGUUCCGAAUGGUUCACCCGAACCACCAGUCAAAGAUUCGAUACUUAUCUAUCGGCGUAGUCUACGAAUGCCUUUCGGACACGUGGCGAUUAUUACCGACGUUGUUUCCGACCAUGUACAUGUUGCUGAACAAAAUCAUCUACAUCAGUAUUGGGCAGGUGAUUACGCGCGUCGAGUGCCAAUAAGAUUUGAGAAUGGUCGUUAUUAUAUUGACGAUGUAGAUCAAGUGUUCGGGUGGAUGGUUAUUGAGGAUAAUGGUCAAUUGAGACCAUUCGAGGAAUCGAUGAGGGAUCAAAUCCUUCAACAAUAUAUUCAUCGGCAACCAACUGGAUUGUUUACACGAUUAUUUACUUCGAAUAGGAAUCAACAGUCGUAA